AUCAAGCUGCUCCGUGAGCGCUACGCCAAGCAUGUGUUCAUCAUCGAUGAAUACAAGACCUCCAAGACCUGCUACAACUGCGGGUGUCAGGAGAUGGCCAUCAAGCGGCUUGGGGGGCUGAAGGAGGGGCAGCGGCCCUGGUCGGUCAAAGUCUGCAACGACUGCUUGACGACCUGGAACCGCGACGUCUCCGCCGCCAACGUGAUCCGUGUGCUCCUCCUGCUGAAGCUGAUGGGCUUCAAGCGGCCGACCAAGCUGCAGUGGCCGCCAUGGCCGCCGGCGGCGGCGGGGCCGGGCUGAGAGCCUGAACGGCGCUAGCAGGGCGUGGGGCUGAGGGUGCACGUGUCGAUUGGCGGCGAGUGACGUGACUAGUUUGUUAGCUGCGGGUUAGCACGGACUGUGCACCCCACCCAACCGGCCACGUCCGGAUUUGCGGCAAUGCCAAAGGCCCCCAACAUAGAGGCGUGUGCAAUUUGCGUGUGCUUAGUAGGCGCCCGCGUCAAGGUGGCUGGGUUGAUAACGACCCGGGAGGGGAGGGCUCAGCCCUUUUCCUGCCUCCCUAAGGCGUUGAGGCACAGCGGUGGGGCUCUGGCGGGUUGCGGCUUGGCUAGGCCUCACUGUGCGCGGAGUCACACGGACUUUGCCCGCGGGAGGGUUUGCAGCAAAGUCGGGGUUGGUGGAGUCAUGUUGGGCCCUGAUAGCAUGUGAUGGCUCGGCGUCUUUGGGUGCUGGGACUGUCCCCUCUGUAACAUCCGCAUUCC